CUGCUAGAUUCAUCCCUGAUGGCAUCAGGCACUGCCAGCCGCUCAGAGGAUGAGGAGUCACUGGCAGGGCAGAAGUGGGCCUCCUCACAGGCUUUGGGCACCAUCCCUAAAUGGAGAAGCUCUUCCAGGUUCAUCAAGAGAAAGAAGUUUGACGAUGAGCUGGUGGAGAGCAGCCUGGUUAAGUCCUCUACCCGGGCGAAGGGGGCCAGUGGGGUGGAACCAGGGCACUGUUUGGGGAGUGAACCCUCCUCCAGUGAGAAGAAGAAGGUGUCCAAGGCCCCCAGAACCCCUGUGCCACCCAGCCCAGCCCCAGCCCCUGGACUCACCAAGCGUGUGAAGAAGAGCAAACAGCCACUCCAGGUGACCAAGGAUCUGCGUCACUGGAAGCCUGCGGACGACCUCCUGCUCAUCAAUGCCGUGUUGCAGACCAAUGACCUGACAUCUGUCCACCUGGGCGUGAAGUUCAGCUGCCCCUUCACCCUGCGGGAAGUCCAGGAGUGCUGGUACGCCCUGCUCUACGAUCCUGUCAUCUCCAAGCUGGCCUGCCAUUCCAUGAGACAGCUGCACCCAGAGGCCAUUGCCACCAUUCAGAGCAAGGCCCUGUUUAGCAAGGCUGAAGAGCAGCUGCUGAGCCAAGUGGGAUCGACCAGCCAGCCCACCUUGGAGACCUUCCAGGACCUGCUGCACAGACACCCCGAUGCCUUCUACCUGGCCCGUACUGCCAAGGCUCUGCAGGCCCACUGGCAGCUCAUGAAGCAGUAUCACCUGUUGGAGGACCAGACAGUGCAGCCGCUGCCCAAGGGGGACCAAGUGCUGAACUUCUCCGAUGCAGAGGACUUGAUUGAUGACAGUAAGCUCAAGGACAUGCGAGAUGAAGUCCUAGAACAUGAGCCGACAGUGGCUGACCGGUGCCAGAAACGAGAGAUUCGGCAGCUGGAACAGGAACUGCGUAAGUGGCAGGUGCUAGUAGAUAGCAUCACAGGCAUGAGCUCUCCGGACUUUGACAACCAGACCCUGGCAGUGCUGCGGGGCCGCAUGUUGCGGUACCUGAUGUGCUCGAGAGAGAUCACCCUAGGCAGAGCAACCAAGGAUAACCAGAUUGACGUGGACCUGUCUCUGGAGGGUCCAGCCUGGAGGAUCUUCCAGAAGCAAGGUGUCAUCAAGCUGAAGAACAACGGAAAUUUCUUCAUUGUCAGUGAGGGCCGGCGGCCCAUCUACAUUGAUGGACAGCCUGUGCUGUGUGGCUCCAAAUGGCGCCUUAGCAACAACUCUGUGGUGGAGAUUGCCAGCCUGCGAUUCAUCUUCCUCAUCAACCAGGACCUCAUUGCCCUUAUUUGGGCUGAGGCUGCCAAGAUCAUGCCACAGUGA